AGUGUCAAUCUCUUCUUCAUCUUUGUUUCUAUGUUGCCUUGCACUCAUUGGCUGGUUUCUGCUCUUUAAAACCACCCCAUCUCGAGAGCCAAUCAAUCUUCGGUUCACAAUUUACAAUUCCCUUUUUCUUUAUCUUCUUCUGUCUUACUGCUGAGAUAUAAUCUGUCCAAAAUCUUCCAUUUCAACUUUUGGUUGAAUUUUGGGUGUGAAGGCUGAAAUUAGGAAGAAGGCACUAUGAUUAAGACGCUGAAUCCUUGCUCCUCCACAGCCAAAACAGCUGAAAUCAUGUCAAGGUAUAGGCCUAUAGCUCCGAAAUCUGAUGUGUCUGCCAACAACAUGAAUGAGAGCUCAGGUAUGUCUCAAAAGAUCAGGCAAUCUGCUUAUUUGAGGAAUUUGUGGCCUCAGCUGCAAGAUAGGCCUACUAGGACUAGAAAGAAAGGCAGAGCCGCUUUAUCAUCAGCUGCACCACUCAAGAAAGCAAGAACCGAUGUCCUAGAGUUUUAUUCACCGAGUUUUGUAACAUCCCCUGUUCAGAACCUCUCUUUGCAAAGUUUUCCGUCUGGAAUUCAUCAGAUUUCUGUUCCUAACUGUGGAACCGUUGGUGGUAGCAUGGACGGUUCUACUACACCGCCAGCAAGUUUGGUAACGCUUCCCCUCCUUCCAUGUCCUCCCUCGGUUCCCCUUGUUGGUAACAAAGCGACGGUAAUAGAUUUGAACAAAGUGGCUAAAAUUCCAGAAGAGAUGGAUCUAUUGAAGCAGCUCCAAAGUCCUCCCAAAAGCAGCGUUAUAGCACCUAAGCCAGUUCGACUUCAACCAGUCGGCUCCAUUAUCAGUGUUGGGUGCAUCAAAGAGAAUACAAGCGUAAUGCAAGCACCAAAGAUGGCAGAAGAGGUUGAGUUCGAGGCCUUGCCAGCAAUAAUUUCAGACUCAAACAACAAAGUUAGACUGGUAAAUUCUGCUUACAAACAGAUGGUGGGUCAACCAGAAUGUCCAUGGCUCGACUCCAUAGUAACAUGUGAAGGAAGAGUCCUAGAUAACUCAUGCAAGAGAAUCUGUGGGGAAGUACUGCUACAUCUAUCUGAUUCGAGUUUGCCAGUUAAAUCAAACGGAUUUUCAUGCUGGGUGAAGAUUGAGUGGGGAAGUGAAGGCAAGAAGAGCUCAGUCAAAGCUUUCUGUAAUGUUACCAGAUCAACAUGUCAGUUAAAGGACUCUCUCUUCACAUGGAGGUUCCAUCCAUAUCCACAAGGAAGCGCAUCUCAUUUUAGGCGAACUUGCCCUUGAAAUUUGAAGUGUAUACAGCUGUUUUACUAAAAAUACAAGCUAAGCUAGUACCGUAUGUACAGUUGAGACAUACAUAUCAAGUAUAAAGUGGAGUACUUUUCUGUCGGUAUCUUUUGUGUCUCUGUACAUAUGCCAAGUUUGUACUCCAUCGCUUCGACUUCGUUUGUGGAU